CCCGUGGUCGAGUUCGACAAAGCCGUCGUCUCGGCGCUCAUGGACGCCGCGGUGGAAGCCCUGGAGCGGGACCUCGGGAAACUGCGCACCGGACGCGCGUCGCCGGGGAUGCUCGAGAGCCUCGUCGUGGACGCGUACGGCGAGCCGACGCCGCUGAGGAACCUCGGGUCGGUGACCGCGCGUAACGCUCAAACUUUGGCGGUUAUGUUAUACGACCCGACCCUGAAAGGCGCGGUUCAAAACGCGAUCACGGAGAGCCCGUUGGGGUUUAACCCGCAAGAGGACGGGGACGGGACGCUCCUCGUGCCCGUGCCGGAGAUGACGCACGAGACGAAGGUGCAAGUCGCGAAGCUGUGCCACAGAGCCGGGGAGACGGCGAAGAUCUCGGUGAGGAACGCGCGGAGGAAAGGGAUGGACGUCAUCAAGAAAGCGACGAUGACCGAGGACGAGGGGAAUCGCGCGGAGAAGGACGUGCAGAAGAUGAGCGAGGCGUUCGUGAAGAAGAUCGAGGAGCUCGUGUCGGCGAAAGAAAAGUCGAUU